AUGCUUACUCCAUCUGUCGUUGCUCCUAGUGAGAGCAACAACUCUUUCUUGACCGACACAUUCACAAAUCAAGGGACUGCUUUGACCAUGGCAAUGAGAACUGCCAACCAUCUGCGCGGUCGUAUACCCACCUCCGCUGUAGAAACGAUUCAGCAACAAUGUCAACGUUGUCUUCAUUUUAUGAAUACUUGCUGCACCACUGAUCUCGACAAGUACAACUACUUGCAACGAUUAAAGUAUGAAGACAUUACGCUAUUUUAUCGUUUGGUGGUGGACAACUUGAGCCUGAUGGCUCCUUUGAUAUAUACACCGACCAUUGGCGAAGCCUGCGUCAAAUUCAGCACCUUAUACACUCCUGCACAUCGUGACGGUCUAUUCUUGUCAAUGGCUGAUCUGCCAUACCUUGACGAAAUCAUGAUGGACGUCCCAUACGAUAUGAGUCUGGCUGUCAUGACCGAUGGCAGCCGUAUCCUUGGUCUGGGCGAUCUAGGCCUGAACGGCAUGGGUAUUCCCCAAGGCAAACUUGCACUAUACAUCGCUGCUGCAGGCUUCAACCCUACAAAAACUCUUGCCAUAUCUCUCGAUCUUGGAACAAAUACAGAAAGCAUUCGAAACGACCCAUUCUAUUUGGGUGCCCGUACAGCCCGUCCAAAUGAUGCUGUAUUCUUUGAUUUCGUAGACAAGGUCAUGGCUGCUGUGUAUCGAAGGUGGCCCAGAAUCCUCGUUCAAUUCGAAGAUUUCUCUACAGACCAUGCUUUUGAUACCUUGGCGAGGUAUCGAGACAAGUACCUCACAUUUAACGAUGAUAUUCAAGGCACUGGCGCUGUCAUUUUGAGUGGAUUUAUUAACGCAGUAAAGAUGUCAGGAGUCGCUAUGAAAGACCACCGUGUCCUUUUCUUUGGAGCUGGUAGUGCUGGAGUUGGUGUAGCCACCCAGCUUGCUGAGCACGUUGCUGAAGCUUGUGGCAUUUCUAUUGAACAAGCUCGUGGUUUCUUCUGGAUGGUAGAUUCAAAGGGUCUCAUAACUGCGGACCGUGGUGACAAGUUACAAGAACAUAAAGUGAGCUGGGCACGAAAGGAUAACAAGGGUAUUCAAUACAAGACCUUGUUGGAAGUCCUUCAAUAUGCAAAACCAACAUGUUUGAUUGGACUCGCAACUAUUGGAGGUGCAUUUGAUGCCGAAAUUCUGGUCGAUAUGGCUCAGAUGAAUCAACGUCCUAUUAUUAUGCCUCUAUCCAACCCAUUGACAAAUGCCGAAUGCACGUUUGCUGAUGCAGUCAAGUACACACAUGGACGAUGCUUGUUUGCUAGCGGUACAGCCUUCCCAGUCUGUGAGCAUCCAACAACGAAAAAGAUUCUGACACCAGGCCAAGGAAACAACAUGUACAUUUUCCCUGGUCUUGGAUUGGGAAGUGUCAUUGCUGGUGCCAAACAUGUUACAGAUACCAUGGUGAAUACUGCUGCUGUCACCUUGGCCAAUUCCUUGACACAAGACGAAAUAUCUGAAGGUUUGUUGUAUCCUCGCUUGGCCCGUAUCAGAGAAAUAUCUGCUGAGAUCGCUAGGGAUGUCGCCCUCUGUGCCGUCCGAGAGGGCUUGGCUAGAGACGCCAAUGUCAUAUCUAUGGUUGGCUCGAAUCCGAAAGACGCCGCUGUAUCUGCCAAAUUGUUGGCUCAUAUCAAAAAUUUGAUGUACGCUCCAGUCUACCCAAAACCUGCCAAGAUUUAA